AUUGUGGCUACACUACGCGUCACAAUUAUAAAAAUGUCAGUGGCGGUGAGGUCACUUUCCAUUCAUAAAAUUUCCUCAAAUCUCGCACUCAGUUCUGGUUAAUUCUCACCGCCAACAAAAUGCCCCCAAUUAAAGUAAUACUCUUAGCAUGCGGGUCCUUCAACCCCCCCACAAACAUGCAUUUACGAAUGUUCGAAAUCGCGAGAGAUCAUCUUCACCGAUUGGGUAAUCAUGUGGUAAUAGGCGGCCUAAUCUCGCCCGUUCACGACGGUUACGGCAAAAAAGAUCUCGAAGGGGCGACCCAUCGGAUGAACAUGGUCCGGUUGGCGCUCCAGCACUCAGAGUGGAUCAAAUUAUCAGACUGGGAAUGCAAACAAGAGACGUGGAGUCGCACAAAGCAAGUUUUACAAUACCAUCAGAAUCACGUCAAUGCACUUUUACACCCUGCUAAAAAUAAUUUAGAUAAAGUGAACGAAGAUGAUGUUCAUUGGGUGCCUGAUGAUGUGAGGAAUUAUUGUGGGGAUUCGGUGCAGAUCAAGUUGUUGUGUGGGGCGGAUUUGUUGGAGUCUUUCGGGACACCGGGAUUGUGGUCAGAUGAUGAUAUUGAAGCUAUAGUUGGACAACAUGGUCUAGUCGUUAUUACACGCUCAAACACUAAUCCUAAUGAAUUUAUUUACAAUUCGGACGUACUUACAAAGUAUAUGUCAAACAUAACUAUAGUCACAGAAUGGAUUCAGAAUGAAGUCAGUUCCACAAAAAUAAGAAGAGCUUUGAGGAGAUCAGAGUCAGUCAAAUACCUAAUUCCUGAUAGAGUGAUUGACUAUAUUCAUAAACACAACUUGUAUGGAAGCAAGAAUAUUAAGUACUUGACAGCAGAAUUUAACUCCAAUUUUUUGACUCCGUCGCCGUCUGACGUUCCUAUGGAAUCCCCUAGCCCGACAAACUGCAUGCUUAUUUGCAACAACACGCUAUUUUCUCGAUCGUACGAAAAGCGUCUCUCGAUUGAUACGGUAGAUAGCGUGACCAAAACGAACGUGUUAAACGCGGUCCGUCACCCCGGCCAAGCCGUUAAAAUCAUUACAGAAAGCAACGGCGAACACAAGAUCAUUAAACAAGGUUCAGACUCCAAAGAGGUACGUAAAGAAGACAAGAAAACGUUAAAAAACUCAAAAAGUUGUGCCAAUAUUGACGAAUUGCAUAGUAAGAGCAGCGUAAAAAGCAGCAAAUCUAACGCGAACCUGAAAGAAUGCAAAAGCUGUGAUGAAAACUUGAUAAAAUUUAUUUUUACCAAACACGGAAUUCAAGUUAUUAGCGAUGUUGAGACGAUCGUUUGAGUGCAUGGUAGUAUUAGUUGAGACAUCUACCUAUUGGCUGUGUUUCUGUUCACUUUCAGAUAAUACAAUAAAAGCAUUUCUUAAUGAAAUUAAUGUCGCUCUUCCAAUCUACUUUGUGUACAGUGUUCAAAAAUGGUUUAUAAUGCAUGAGUCAUUGUGAUGUUUUCGUGUAGCAUGUUGUUUUCUG